UUUCUCAGUCUCUUUGUCACGCUCUGCACUCCACUUCACCACCCAAUCCUCCCUUGCCAAACACGCCGAUCAUCAUCAUCAUCAUCCCUCGAAUUGGAUAGUGUCAGAGUCCUGUUUCUCGAUCGACUGGAUUCGCAGGGUUGGUUUGCUGGAGCUGAAAGAUGAGUUCAGUUGAGGAAGCGAAGUGCGUGUACAAGAACCCCGACGCGGCCGUUGAGGAUCGAAUCGCCGACUUGCUCUCUCGGAUGACCCUGACAGAGAAGGUCGGCCAGAUGACCCAAAUCGAGAGGCGCGUCGCCACUCCCUCCGUGCUCUCCGGCUUGUCCAUCGGGAGUAUACUUAGUGCUGGAGGCAGUGGGCCAUUUGAUCAAGCAUUGUCCUCCGAUUGGGCUGACAUGGUUGACGGAUUCCAAAAGGCGGCGCUAGAGUCCCGCCUGGGAAUACCGCUUAUUUACGGGAUUGAUGCGGUUCAUGGCAACAAUAGUAUAUACGGCGCCACGAUAUUCCCCCACAACAUUGGCCUUGGAGCCACUAGAGAUGCAGAGCUGGCUCGGAGGAUUGGGGUUGCAACAGCACUUGAAGUCAGAGCAAGUGGCAUUCCUUAUACUUUUUCUCCGUGUGUGGCUGUGCUGAAAGAUCCCAGAUGGGGAAGAUCUUAUGAGAGCUACAGUGAAGACACUGAUAUAGUUAGAAAGAUGACUGCUAUAGUAACAGGUUUGCAGGGCCAGCCCCCCGAAGGGCACCCGAAGGGCUAUCCUUUCAUAGCUGGAAGAAACAACGUUAUUGCGUGUGCCAAGCAUUUUGUUGGAGAUGGAGGAACUGAAAGAGGUGUAAAUGAGGGAAACACCACAACAUCUUAUGAAGAUCUAGAAAGGAUACAUAUGGCCCCCUAUCUGGAUUGUAUCUCCCAAGGUGUUUCCACAGUCAUGGCAUCCUACUCUAGCUGGAAUGGUCGCAGGCUGCAUUCUAACCAUUUUCUCCUUACAGAGGUUUUGAAAAAUAAGUUAGGUUUUCAGGGUUUUGUCAUUUCAGACUGGGAAGGACUUGACCGACUUAGUCAACCUCGCGGCUCAAACUACCGUCAGUGUAUUUCUCUCGCAGUUAAUGCUGGGAUUGACAUGAUUAUGGUGCCUUUUAGAUAUGAAAAGUUUGCAGAGGAUUUGAUGGCAUUGGCUGAAUCAGGGGAAGUAUCAAUGUCCAGAAUAGAUGAUGCCGUCCAACGGAUACUGAGAGUCAAGUUUGUAUCUGGUCUAUUUGAGCAUCCUUUUUCUGAUAGAUCAUUGCUCCAGAUUGUUGGUUGCAAGGCACAUAGAGAAUUAGCACGUGAAGCAGUUCGAAAGUCAUUGGUAUUGUUGAAGAAUGGGAAGGAUCCUAAUAAACCCUUUCUCCCAUUGGAUAAAAAUGCCAAGAAAAUUCUUGUUGCGGGAAGUCAUGCUGAUGAUUUAGGUUAUCAAUGUGGAGGGUGGACCGGCACUUGGCAUGGAAGCAGUGGCAGGAUCACAAUCGGUACGACUAUCUUAGAUGCAAUCAAGGAAGCAGUUGGAGGCGACACGGAAGUGAUUUACGAGCCAAAUCCAUCGCCUUCCACAUUAAUAAGUGGCGAUUACACUUUUGCUAUCGUUGCUGUUGGUGAAGGCCCUUAUGCAGAAACUCUUGGCGAUAAUGCCGAGCUCGUAAUCCCAUUCAAUGGAACGGACGUGAUAAGGUCGGUCACCGAGAGAAUACCUACACUCGUACUUAUCGUCUCUGGAAGACCCCUGGUUAUAGAACCACAGGUUUUGGAGAAGAUGGAUGCUCUUGUCGCCGCUUGGUUACCUGGAACCGAGGGAACGGGCAUUACGGAUGUGGUCUUCGGUGACUAUGAUUUCGAAGGUCAAUUACCCAUCUCGUGGCUUAGAACGGUUGAACAACUGCCCAUGGAUGCUAAAGCUAAUUCUUAUGAUCCCUUGUUCCCCUUGGGUUUCGGAUUGAAAGGCAAGAAAGAAGCCUGAUGACGAGGCAAUGCAAUGAGCAAUGAGUGAAUGACGAAGUUAAUGACUGAGGGAGAAGUAGCUGGUCCGGUUGAAAAAUGCCC